AUGGCUUUCUUCUUCAACCGCGGCCGAUCGCGCCAGCCGUCUGAUAUUGCCCGGUCAAUCAAGGAUCUCUUGGUGAGACUUCGUGAAUCACCAACAACCGCCAAGGUCGAGGAUGAAUUAGCAAAACAACUAUCGCAGAUGAAAUUGAUCGUUCAGGGUACUCAAGAAAUCGAGGUGUCCCCCGAGCAAGUUCAAGCAUUAGUGCAUGCCACCCUCCAAGAAGACCUGCUUUAUGAACUAGCUCAAGGCCUCCAUCGGCUUCCGUUCGAGGCCCGGAAGGACACGCAGACCAUCUUCUCACAUAUCCUCCGAUUCAAGCCCGUCAACGCAACACAUGCUGACCCUCCGGUUAUUUCAUACAUCGUCCAUAAACGACCCGAAGUGAUCAUCGAACUGUGCAAAGGCUAUGAGCACAGUCAAAGUGCCAUGCCAUGUGGUACUAUACUGCGAGAAGCGUUGAAAUUCGACGUUAUCGCGGCGAUCAUUCUUUACGAUCAGUCGGAAGAAGGAGAGCCCGCAAUCCGACUUACAGAGGUCCAGCCAGGAGUGCCGCAAGCAGGAACUGGUAUAUUCUGGAGGUUCUUUUACUGGAUCGACCGAGGCAGCUUUGAGUUGAGUGCCGACUCAUUCACAACAUUCAGGGAAAUCCUGACCCGCCACAAAUCCAUCGUGACUGGCUAUCUAGCGACAAACUUCGAUCGCUUCUUUUCCAAAUUCAACGAGGUACUAGUACAAUCUAGUUCUUAUGUCACCAAACGACAGAGCAUCAAGCUUCUGGGAGAGAUUCUGCUUGACCGGGCAAACUACAAUGUGAUGAUGGCUUAUGUUGAGAGUGGCGAAAACCUCAAGCUGUGCAUGAAGCUUCUGCGGGAUGACCGGAAGAUGGUCCAGUACGAGGGAUUCCACGUUUUCAAGGUGUUUGUCGCGAAUCCGAAUAAAUCGGUGCCGGUGCAGCGAAUCCUGAUCAACAACCGCGAUCGGCUGUUAAAGUUUCUACCGAGGUUCCUAGAGGAUCGGACAGAUGACGAUCAAUUCACCGAUGAGAAGAGUUUCCUGGUGCGUCAGAUAGAGCUGUUACCCAAAGAACCAAUCGAACCAGCACGGUCCGCACGCGAAGGGUCUCGAUCCGGUAUCAACACAGCUGCGGUGGCCUGA